GCCUGCUUCUGUGGCCUUUGGUGGUUUACCAUGAACUUAUUCAGAAAAUGUACACGGGGCUGGAGCCUGUAUUGAUGAAGCUGGACUACAGCAUGAAGGGUGGCACCCAGCACCGACAGAGGGACAGGAAGAAGAAAGCAAUAGUGAAACUGGAGAGCUGUGAUGAACCGAUGGCGGAGACUGAGAGUGAGAGUGAAGCUGAGCUUUCCUGCUUUAAUUCCAAGAAGUUCUCAUCUCCAAAUUAUAAAAGAGAGUUGGAGGCUGCAGAGAAUGUGCAAGAAAGAUGUACUGGAAACUAGAACUAUAAGAGAAUCUAUACCCAUCGGAAAAGAUUGAA